CCCCCCCCCCCCAAAAAUCUACUAUCCGUGGAAUGUCUGUUCCUAAGAACCAUUUCAUCGAGACCGCAUAAAAACGGGGCUCCAGCGGUCGGCCAGCAACGCUCCUCCACCCAUGGCAGACCUCCUCACUCUUUCCAAUGAGCUCAGAAUCCUCAUCAUUGAGCAUAUCGGUCGUACAUCAACUGACUCGGCGCCUGAAACAGAAGAGUUGUAUACACAGCAAGCAAAGACUAACGUUAAUCUGCUCAACCUCUCAGGGUGGCGCUUCUGUAGCCCUCACCGGAAACAGCGUUUGUGCGAAGUUCGUUAAGAGAUUGGACUUUGUAGGAACUAGCACAUUCGCGCUACGCGAUGGACACGGGCCAGCUACGAGCGAGGAUGUGCUGCAAGAUGUUGGUCUGCCAGUAGGUAUCGAGCACAUUCUUUCGAACCUUGACCUUUCCCCUACUCUGGAAGAAAUAAGCGUACAGUUCGCGCUCAGAGAAGAUUCCAAGUUCGGUCCUAAGAGACUACACAAACGACUACCUCAAGACCAUAAUUCGGAAAAAGAAAAUGGGACUACUCUUGAAUUUUCUGGCGUACGAGGGUUUCAUGGGGAUCGUUGAAGGCGAUAGAAAGAGACUUGGUGAUGUAUAAAAGAUGGAAUUACUGUUGUGUCGCGCUUUGCGGAACUUUUCCUCCUGUUGCGCCGCUGGA